UAUUAAGAGUAAUCCUUCUAUAGAUGUCUUUCUAUAUUAACUAUAAUAUAUCUAACAAUGUCCUGUUGACACUAUUGUGGAGUGAGUUGUUAUAUGUAUUUAAUCUAUUUAAUUUAUAUUUCAAAAAUAAGUGUAUGUAUUUUCCUUGGUUUUUUUUUAUUUUAUUUUUUUUAGGGAAUGUAAUUUCUAUAUCUUCUGUUUGGAUAAUAACUCCACCUUC